AUGAACAGUACAAUUGAAACCUUUCCAAAUGAACUAUUCAUUGAACUAUUUGGUUAUCUCAGUGCGUAUGAUUUGUAUGGAGCAUUUUAUAACUUAAAUUCUCGUUUGAAUCUUCUCAUAAACUCCUUCCAACAUCUUCAUUUAACUCUUGAAGAAGACUGGGACAAUCGACCACGAACGACUCCGUUUUUCUCAUCACGUGUCCGCAUAUUGACUGUCAAUCAUGACGAAGAGAUCGAUUUAUCUGCGUACAAAAAUCUCCGUUCAUUAAAGUUAUCGCGGCCGACAGAAGCUCAAUGUAAUGUUAUUCAACCGUACGUGCUACCCUAUCUCGAAUGUUUAUCCAUAUCGAAUUUUUUCUUUUCUGACCAUACACAACAGUUAAGUCGUCUGAUAUUUUCUCCUGCCUUUCCUCAUUUACGUUCUUGUCAAAUCGAUCGAAUAACGUUCGAUGACAAUCAUAUGAAUUCAUCGUUGUCACUUCGACAUUUGACUAUUACGCCUUCAACAUGGAAAGUAAACAACUAUGAACAUAUAUUUUCUUCGUGUCCUAAUUUAACGCAUAUACGAAUCAUUCGUUUACGAGAUUUAUCCUUUAAAUUGCCUUCAGCAUGUUCAGUUCCGGCCCAACAGUCCAUUUCUUCUCUUUACGUUCGAUUUUAUUCACUUGGUAGUGAUUGGUAUGAACAUAUGCAAUGGUUAUUAACCAUUCUACCGCACUUAGAAACUUUUCAGUUAAUUAUCGAUCAAAAUGAAUUUACCGCGAAUUUCUCAUUUGAUUUAUUCACUCGUUUAUUAACAACCUACGUACCCAAUUUAGUUCAUUUACGAAUCAAACUUCCGUUGACUCUUGACUUUUCAAAACAUGCUCAUCGUAUCGAACAACUACAUUCCUUGUUUCCUAAAGUCCAAUUUUCUCAUUUUAGCAAGUAA